AUGGACGACGGUAGACGGCGGGGCGGACAGAGACGACGGAGGACGGCGGGGCGGACAGAGGACGACGAGAACGGCGGGGCGGACAGAGGACGACAGAGGACGGCGGGGCGGACAGAGAGCGACGGAGGACGGCGGGGCGGACAGAGGACGACGGAGGACGGCGGGGCGGACAGAGAGCGACGGAGGACGGCGGGACGGACAGAGGACGACGGAGGACGGCGGGACGGACAGAGGACGGUCGGUGGACGGUGGGGCGGACAGAGAGCGACGGAGGACGGCGGGGCGGACAGAGGACGACGGAGGAAGGCAGGGCGGACAGAGAGCGACGGAGGACGGCGGGGCGGACAGAGGACGACGGAGGACGGCGGGGCGGACAGACUGCGACGGAGGACGGCUGGGCGGACAGAGAACGAUGGAGGACGGCGGGGCGGACAGAGGACGACGGAGGACGGCGGGGCGGACAGACUGCGACGGAGGACGGCUGGGCGGACAGAGAACGAUGGAGGACGGCGGGGCGGACAGAGGACGACGGAGGACGGCGGGGCGGACAGACUGCGACGGAGGACGGCUGGGCGGACAGAGAACGAUGGAGGACGGCGGGGCGGACAGAGGACGACGGAGGACGGCGGGGCGGACAGACUGCGACGGAGGACGGCUGGGCGGACAGAGAACGAUGGAGGACGGCGGGGCGGACAGAGGACGACGGAGGACGGCGGGGCGGACAGACUGCGACGGAGGACGGCUGGGCGGACAGAGAACGAUGGAGGACGGCGGGGCGGACAGAGGACGACGGAGGACGGCGGGGCGGACAGACUGCGACGGAGGACGGCUGGGCGGACAGAGAACGAUGGAGGACGGCGGGGCGGACAGAGGACGACGGAGGACGGCGGGGCGGACAGACUGCGACGGAGGACGGCUGGGCGGACAGAGAACGACGGAGGACGGCGGGGCGGACAGAGGACGACGGAGGACGGCGGGGCGGUCAGAGGACGACGGAGGACGGCGGGGCGGACAGAGGACGGUCGGUGA